UUCAUUUGCAACUUUGUAAUGUUGCUACUCGUAAAUAUCUUUGGAAAAGUAUUCAGUCUACAUAAGAACCCAGCUUUAUGCAUACAAGUGAUUCAUGCGCCAUCUCCGAACUAUCAACAGAUAUUAGUGCUAGCCAGUGCCAGUGCGUCAGCCGAUCAUAUAGAGUGUGUAUAUAAUCUGCCAAACGUGUAUCUAUGAUUGCUCAAGUUCGUAUGCUUCUACGACUCCCGCUUUUACGUUCUGUCAGUUUUCGUAACUUUUUAAUCUUCGAGCGAACAACGAAGCAACAAGACCGUAUAGAUAAGUGCUCAUUAACGAACGAGUCAUGGGGGACGCAGCGAUGAACGUCGCAGUGUCCGGUGGCGGUAGUCAGCGUGUCGUCAAAGAAGGCUGGCUUCAAAAACGCGGAGAACAUAUAAAGAACUGGAGAUCGAGAUACUUCGUUCUUAGAGACGAUGGUACUUUGGUCGGUUUCAAAGCUAAGCCUGAUCAACAAAUGGCAGCUACAGCUCAACCGUUAAAUAAUUUCACAGUACGUGGUUGUCAAAUAAUGUCUGUGGAUAGACCUAAACCAUAUACAUUUGUGAUCAGGGGUUUACAAUGGACAACCGUGAUCGAAAGGACUUUUCAUGUAGAAACAGAACAGGAAAGAGAAGACUGGGUAGCAGCAAUUAGAUAUGUAGCCGAUAGACUAGAAAAUGAAGAACAACAACAACAACAGCCACAAAUGCAACAAUCUUCUUCAUCAGAAGAUAUCGAUAUGGAAUCUAUGGGAGGUGGAAGGUCAGAUUCAUGUGGAUCUCUCAGCGUAGUUUCUGCAGACAUUGAUGGCGGCAGUAUCGAUGAAUUAUCUGCCAAGUUCAGUGUACAGGGAACUUCUAGUAGUAAAAGCAGUGGCAAGAAGAAAGUAACUCUUGAAAAUUUUGAAUUCUUGAAGGUUCUAGGAAAAGGUACAUUUGGAAAAGUAAUUUUGUGUAGAGAAAAAGCAACAGGACAUUUAUAUGCUAUUAAAAUCUUAAGAAAAGAAGUUAUCAUUCGCAAAGAUGAAGUUGCACACACGCUCACAGAAAAUAGAGUUUUACGUACCACAAGCCAUCCUUUUUUAAUUUCUUUAAAAUAUAGUUUCCAAACGGCAGACAGACUAUGCUUUGUAAUGGAAUAUGUAAAUGGCGGAGAAUUAUUUUUUCAUUUAAGUCGAUCUCGUAUAUUUACUGAAGAUCGUACUCGAUUUUAUGGGGCUGAAAUAAUUUCAGCAUUGGGGUAUCUUCAUUCUCAGGGUAUCAUUUAUCGUGAUUUAAAAUUAGAAAAUCUUCUUUUGGAUAAAGAUGGACAUAUAAAAAUUGCUGAUUUUGGUUUAUGUAAGGAGGAUAUUACAUAUGGGAGAACUACAAAAACAUUUUGUGGGACACCCGAAUAUUUAGCACCUGAGGUACUGGAAGAUAAUGAUUAUGGACGAGCAGUAGAUUGGUGGGGUGUGGGUGUUGUUAUGUAUGAAAUGAUGUGCGGUCGAUUACCUUUUUAUAAUAGAGAUCACGAAAAACUUUUCACACUUAUUCUAUUAGAAGAAGUAAAAUUUCCCAGAACCAUUAGUAAUGAAGCAAAAGACAUGUUGGGUGGACUGUUAAUUAAAGAUCCCAGUAGAAGAUUGGGUGGUGGACCUAAUGAUGCAAAGGAUAUCAUGAAUCAUGCAUUUUUUUCGUCAAUUGAUUGGUCAGAUCUUGUACAGAAAAAAAUACCUCCUCCUUUUAAACCACAAGUUACAUCAGAUACCGACACGAGGUAUUUUGAUAGUGAAUUUACUGGCGAAAGCGUCGAACUUACACCUCCUGACCAAGGUUGUUUAGGGAGUGGAGGUGGUUUAAAUUCUAUUGCAGAAGAACAGGAACAUUUUCCUCAGUUUUCUUAUCAAGAAAGCCAUUCUGCUGCAACUUCUUCCAUUGUUUCUAUUAAUCACUGACAAUACCAUAAGAUUUUUGGAUUCUUAUGUUGAAGUGUGUGAUGAAGUGCAUGGAGAGUCAGGUAGAUGUAUAUUUAAGAACUGUCCGAAGCUUAAAUAUUCUUGAAACAUAGAUCAUUCAGAUUUCUGUCGAUUUUUGAUGCUUUUUUGUGCAUCUACUAUAUUUUGACACAUAUCUCCAAUGGUAGAUAAUAUAUCCAUGCAUGCACACAUGUAUACAUAUAACAUUCACUAAAUUGUACAUGGUAAAUUCAUGUACUGUAAGUACAGAAUUGGGUAUUACUCUUUAUACCUGCGCAUAAAACUGAACACUAUAUAAUGAGGAUUUAUCUAUAUUUUAAAACAAUGUAGUUAUUUUAAAUAUGAUCUUCUAACCAUCUAUACAUGAACAAUGACUCUUCUAUUAUUGAAGACAGCGAUUAUUAUAAUAAUUCUAAUUUUGUUUAAUGAAGUGUAGUACUCUACACUUUGCAGCUUUAUUGUCCUUUCAGUGAGAUAAUAUAUAUAUAUACAUAUAUAUAUAUAUAUAUAUAUAUAUAUAUACAUAUACAUAUAUAUACAUACAUAUAUAUAUAUAUAUAUUAUUUUAUAUGUAUGUAUAAGGACGACUCCCCUGUUCUUCUUGUUUCAUAAUUUGUCAGUAGAUUGUUGCGUGAAAAAAAAUGUUAAGUUUAGCCAAGUUAGAAGCUGAUGAUGUGCUAUCAAAUGGUUUUGCCAUUUUUAAAAUGGAAGUGUAG